CAUACAUACAUACAUACAUAUGUUUUCCUUUAAACAUCCUCGAAGCUUUCCGGCUUUAUGUUGUUGCUGUUAUUGUUUUUGCUGCUGGUGGGGUCGCGUUCGCGUCGCUGCUGCUAACUGCGGUCGUCUCUGCUACAGCCUCUGCCUUGCUUGACGGCUGUCGCUACCGCUGCUGUUAGGUUUUGUAUGCAUUUUAGCUCGCUCAUUCAAGUGUCCAACUUUUGUCGAAGCGGUCAGAUACGAAAAAAACGGCGGCAGUCUACGUUCGACAUAUUCGGUUCCUCUUAGUGUGUAUGUACAUACACAUAUAUGUGUCUGGGAUGACGAGGACACGGCUCGUCAAUUAAAAAAUAAUCUCACAGCUUUAUACACACAUAUGCAUGUGUACAUGUAUAAAUAUAUACAAAGGUACAUGCAAAAUUAUUUAGUUAGUUAGUUAGAGAUACAAAAACUUAUAACGCCUGUUAAAGAUAGUUAUUAUGAAAGAAAUGAAAGUGUCGCGCGCAAUAAGUGAAUCUUCUACAACAUCCGACAACACUUCUGAUUUUAUCGAUAUUGUCAAAAAAUAUGACGUUGUGUAUAAUAAUCAUAAUCCUGAUUACAAAAACGUUGAGGUAAAGAUGAAGGUGUGGGCGCAAAUCGCUGACGAGAUUGGUUUAUCAGUAGAGGCCUCCAAAAGAAAAUGGAAAAAUCUUCGAGACAGUUAUACCAAAUACUUACGGUCCUUCCGCGUGGGUACAAAAACAUCAAAAAAAUAUCAGUAUUGGGCACAUGCAGAUCAUAUGGAAUUUCUAAAACCCUUCCAGGGACCAGGCAGAAAUUCCGCGAAUGGCAAUGCAAAAUCCAAUGACGAAGAUGAUACUGAAUGUGAUUUUGGCUAUCAAGUGCUUUCCAAAGCUGCAAGUAAUAGUGUAGAGGAUGAUCUUAAGAUUACCAUAUCAACGGCUUCAAGCGAUUCAGUUCUAAUCACUCAUACAGCCAACACUUAUACGACGUCAUCAAAUAGUACACCUAUAUUAACGCCCAGUAUCGCUAAAAGUAUGGUACCAAAUGUCAUCUCACCGAGCAAUCCUAUUACGGCAGUUCCGCUUGGACCUCAGAUUCUCAAUACCAACAGUAAUAGUAGUUUAAAUAGUAAUUGCGCUGCAGUUGCUCCUCUUAGUUCACAGACACCACCAUCUACCAGUAAUAGCAGCAGCAACAGUGCGGUGGUUCUGCCUCUUCCUACAGCAACAGCAGUUUCAAAGAUAAAUGCCAAUACUUUUGGUCACAUACCACAGAUAGGUUUAGGUGUGGGUAGUCUUACAAAUCAGAUGUUUCCUCUUGCAACUCUGAAAGCAGCAGCCGCAGCUGCGGGAUUGCCUCUACCAACUAGUGUGGCACUUCCUGGCAGCAACAAUAGCAACAAUAUGGGUUGUCUUAUCAUAGAACCACAUCUUCUGGCGGCUGCUGAUAAUUUUAAAAAGGAGUUAAGUGCAGCAGCUGCUGCCAAUGCCCCAUUGGGACUCUUUCAAAAUUUGGCUAAUCAGUCAGCCAUUAGUAUCAAUAACCGUCUUAAUACCUGCAAUAAUAUGAACGCCAUCAUUCCAGUUCUUUCACAAGGUGACCCACCACCUACAUCAUUAACGGCGCCACCAAAUUCUAAAGUAAGAAGAGUGCAACCAUCGCCACAAACAACAGCUAUUAACUUAAGUUGCACAAGUGGCAAUUCUAGCUCUUAUCACCAACCUUUACCAAGCAAGCAGCGUAAAGUUACCGAUUUACGCGAAUGGGAUGUUUCAGCAGUGUUACAAGCGAAUCGGGAUCUUGAUGCCAAUACCCUAUUUUUUCUAAGUCUGGCUCGCCAGGUGAAUGCAAUGCCCAUGAAAUUUCAGUCGUUAGCUAAAAUGCGAUGCAUGCGAAUUGUUAGCGACCUUGAGUUGGAGUUGGAAAACUUUCACUGUAAUGAUGGUGCUCCACCACAGGAUGAUUGCACCGUAGCUAGCGACGGUUCGUUAAAUUUGAAAUAUUUUAGAAGCAUGGAUACCCCGCCACCUCCAAUACAAGAUGGAUCGGCAAUUAUAAUAGCACCGCCCCAUGGGGCAACAGAAGGAUCUACUGAGCACUUUGUUUACGUAAUGUCACCAUCGCGAGUGGAAAGCAUGAUUGAUAUAUCGUCCGAUGAAGAAAACACCAUUAAUAGUAGUUGUGGCGUUGGUCCUGCAACUACCGUAGGUGCUACUUAAGAUUAGGCAUAUAUACAUACUUGAAAAAAGGCAAAUACGCAAAUAUAUACAUACUAUAAAAGAAGUUAA